AUGCUUCUAUAUAUAGAAAUACUAGAUGAUGUAUUUACCAUCAGCUGUGUAAACAAUCCACGUCACGAUCAACAGUUUUAUCAGAUAAAGUUGUGUUAUCAGUCUUUACAGAUAUGAUUUUGGCGAGUACUGCGACUUUGACAUACGGCAAGUGAACAUUGACGUGGAGUUUUUUUACGCGAUAGGAAUAUUCAAAGUGUUUUAUUAACAAUAUUACUCUUUUUGAAAGGGAAAAAAUAGAGAUCAUGUCAAGUCUUUAUCCGAGUCUCCAAGAAAAAUUCAAAAGUGAAGGCGUUUGUCCAAUUUGCAUGAUGGAGAUGAAUGCUUCAUCGAAAUACUCAUGUAUGAAUGGACAUAUCGUUUGUCAUCGCUGUAAGCCUUAUUACUUCUCUUGCCCAACAUGUCGAUCAUCACUAAGUGUAGAAGCUCCAUCUCAAGAAUUUAACCACGAAUUCCAUAUGCCACCAGCUAUACACUACAUGCCACAUCCUUAUCCAGUAUAUCCACCCAAUUCUAUGCCAUCCGCUCCAUUUAUUGAUAACGAACGUCUUCAAUGGGGCCCGCCGAGUCCAACAGAAGACCAGCAACUUCUUCCAUGUCAAUAUUCAUAUCUCGGCUGCUACGCUAAUAUACCCGAACACCUUAGAGAUUUGCAUGAAUCUAGAUGCCAAUUUCGUCCUUAUCUUGAAGAAGAACAUCUUCCUACUGACCUAAACAAUGAGGAAGGAGCUUUGGAAAACUGCAGAUACAGCGUAGUCGGUUGCAACGUAAGAUUGCCCGAAUGGCGAAAACUUGUGCAUGAAAAUCUAUGCAUUUACAAAGACCGACUUGAAGGACUAGAUGACAUUCAACGUAAUUUCGAUUCAUUGAACUUUGAAGAUGGUGAUCCUGAAGAAAUGGUUGAAUGUCAGUUCAACAAAUAUGGUUGUAUGGUAAAAAUGCCAAGACGUAGAAAGCUUAUGCAUCAACAAAAAUGUAACUAUCGAAAGUAUCAAGACAGUGAGGAUUUUUCUGAUGAUUAUCAACACAAUUCUGAGCCCGAAAUUGACCCUGAUUCACAAGUCCCUUGCCGUUGGUCUAUUUAUGGAUGUCAAGUACAACCGCGUUAUUAUAAAAAAAUGUCUCAUGAAGAGAAAUGUAACUAUCGUAGAGAAAAAUGUAGAUUUGCUGAAAAUGGUUGUUCGGAAAUGGUCGAACCAUUCAAAAAACAUCUUCACGAAUCUAAUUGUAGUUACGCAUAAAAGGUUUUAUUGAUAAUUAUGAUAAUGUAUUAAGAAUUUAUUUAUAAAGAUGUAUCUUAAAUUUAGAAAUAAAAAAUUACAACGAUUAUAAGUUACUGAUACCUCAGACCGAAAAUGGAAAAAAACUAAAAUCAAGAUGAAAAAUACGAUGAAGGAUAAAAAAAAACCUCAGGCAAUUCCAAGGAGUAAACACGCAAGACGUACAGUUGUAAAAGAUGGAAAAAGUGGAGAUCCACUAACAAAAAAGCGGUCUGCAAAAGUAACAAAAAAUUGAUUGCACUUGUACGUUAUUUGGCGUGCAAUAUAUUUUCAUUGAGAAUUCUUAAGAGACUGACAUGAACUAAGUAUACACCGAGUUUUAACUUAUUUUCUGAAUAAACAAAUUAGACGUUAUUUUCUUGUAUCAAAGUACGUUUAUUAUUAAGAGGGGUCGAGUCUUUUUUCGUUAUCACUCUCAAGUGGACGAAUGGUACUAUCCCUGUUGCACUCGCAAGGUAAACAGAAACUGUCCACGUUUCUCUCUUAUAUAAAUUUUAAAAAAAUUUAUGAAAAAUAAAAACGUGGAUUUCUAUAUUAUAGACUAAUGAAUCAAAAGCCUCGUUCUUAAUUUUGGGUUUAGAUUUUUCGAAGAAAAAAACAUAGGUAAAAAUAAACGCGGAAAAGAAAUGAUAACUAUUACCAUUUUGCAAUAAGAAAUAAUUAUCAUAUUGUAUGUGACAAUCAUCCCGGGUCAAAAUAUUGAUCUGAUUUUAGUCUAACGAAGCUGUAGGACUAAUUGGUCUGUAUUUAAAUUUUUAUAAAAAUUUUGAGCUGUUUGUGAUCUAAAGACAAUCGAGAACAGACUAAAAGAUGAGAGAUAUUGUCAGUUUUUUUUCAGUGUGUACCGGGUCAAAUAAAAAAUUUGGACUUUUUUGACUUAAAUGGAUACUAAGUAGGUCAAGUUAACUAAAAGCAAAUCAAAAAUGGAUGAAAAACAUGUUUGAUUUUGCUAACUUUGCAUGCUUGUUUUUAGCUAACUUGGUCUUACUUAGUAUUCAAAUCAGAAAAAGUCAAAUUGGACUUGAAUUUCAUUUAGUUGACUCAAAUUUAAGUCAAAAAAAUCAAAUUCGUUAUUUUUGUGAUCCGAACCUCUUUAAUUUAAAAGUUUUUUUUUCGUCUAUAAGCUGAGGGACCGAGUAUAAGAUCAGGGAACUAGUACCCUAUCACUCAUAUAUUUGUACAUCUAUAAUUACUUAAUUUUUGUAAAUAUAGAUAUACAAAUACAUUGAGUGAUCGAGUAUUAGUUCUUUGAUCAAGUACUAGAUAUUUUGGCUUAUAAUAAAUGUAUGAAAAGUUGAAGCAUUGUAUCUAAUAAAUAUAAAAUUAGAUUAAUUUUGACACAAAAUACAGUUUUAAAAAUAAAAUAUUUGCACAAAAGUAGAACAAGGUUGAAUAUUAUAGUCUCUUGAAGACAAUAAGAUGGUUCUUAAUCUAAUGAGUGAAUAACGAGAAUACUUACAAUUACGAACUAUGCGACUUAAGUUCAUCGAUUCAAGAGAUAUUAACAUCAAUAUUUUAUAAUAUUAAUUUUUUUUUUUUUUAUGAAACAUGUAUUUACAUAAUUCCACAAAAAUAAUUAAAAGCGCCUAACAAUUGAGUGAAUGAAAAAAAUAAUAACAACAAUAAAUAAAUGUGAGUUAGGGGGUGAGAUAUACAACACCUGGAGCCUAAUAGCGUCUUCAGUGCCCUACUACUUUUCAAAUGAUGGUUAAACGACGCUUGUAACGUUAUAGUAUAGCCUAUUUAUAACGUUGAUGUGGACAAAACUUGGGAUAAAAAAGAUUUAAGAGACAAGAUUAGCUUCAUUUAUUUUUCUUCUUUACUAUGUCGAUGCAGCUUUUACCAAAAUGAGUAAAUACAUUAAUCAUUUUUUUUGUUUUUUUUUUUUCAAAUAUUCUUUGAUGUUCACAUAAUCUGUUUAUUAGAUUAUUACCGAUCGUAAUUGGCGUAAUUAAAGUAUUCUUUGACAAUAAAUUACUAUUGAGUUCAUAUAUAAUUAAUCCGUUUACAGUCACCAUGAAAAAUAUUGUAUAUUGAAUGGGAAUUUCGUUUGAUCUUUGUAAGUUUUAUUAAAAGUAAGAUUUUAACUUUUACUUUUUACUUAUUGGAUUUUCUUUAUAAAAAGAAAGUAUGGAUGUCUGUCUGAAUAAAUAUUACAUGGAUCAAAAACUAAAGAACUUUCAUCCGUCUAUCGUCUGGACUUGACGUUUUGUCGAAAACAUCAAUACUAUUCUUUGUAAACAUGAAUACACUAGAGUCUACUCUCGACUAAACAAAACAAAGAAAAGACUAUUUCAAUUUUUUUACCAUAUAGUUUUUUUUUUUAACUUCAAACUAAAAAUAAUUAAAGAUUGCAGAUGUUCGGGAAAAAUUAGACACCAUUUUUGCGGCAAAAGAAAAUUUUUUUUUGGUCUAAAAUUUUUGGUUAUGGUUUGUAGAAAAAGCGGGGCAGGUUAACCUGCUGAGGAAAUUCGGUAACUUCCAGAUUUUUAACAGACCGGAAAAAUUUGAUUGAGGUAAAAUGAGUCACUAUUGAAACUUUACUGAUUUAUAGAUGAAGCAAAAAACUAUUUUUAGAAUAGUAGCCCAUUUUACCUCAAAUUCAAAUUUUUCUAUUUUACUGAAAAUUUGAAAAUGACUGAAUUAUACGUACUA